AUGAACCUCCUGCUGUUCUUCGAGCGCCUGCCCGCCAGGAGCACGUGGGUGCGCGAGUUCGAGGCGAACCUGUGGCCGGCCCACCGCUUCAGCAGCCGUAUGGACGGGGGGCACUGGGUCCAGGAGCAAGAGAUGGACACCGCGUACCACUUCGCCGAGCGCCUCACCGCCGACGAGGGCAUGGGUGCGUUCCUGUCCGAGAAGGGUCUCGCGCGCAAGCAGUGUGAUAAUGCCAACGGUGGACUCAACGACGCAACCGCUAAGAAGUUCGAGCCCUUGUGCCAGGUGGGCACCGUGCAGUUUCCCGAGAUACCCCCCUCGGGCCUGCCAGUGGACGUGGCGGUCGGCCCUCCCGCCGUGGAUCCCCGGGGGCGCGUCGGCCUUGCGCGCGCUGGCCAUGACCUUUUGGCCCAGGUCGGGCAGGAGGUCGCCGCGCCCCGCUGGUCUAGUCCGGGCGAGCCGCCCGCUGGGCCCGCGGCGGCCGAACUUGCGCGCGCCAUUCUGAGUUUCAGGCCUUGGGAGAACCCAUGCCCUUCGGUCGUGGCCGAUUGGGCGCAGAAGGUGCUCAAGAAAAUCGCGAAAGGAGACUUCAGGUUCGAUGGCAAAGUGUUCCGUGGGGCGUCUCAGGUCGAGCUUAGUGUGGCUUAG